AAUCUCCACUACCACACAAUACCUCACACUGCCUGCUUUUUCACCCUCAAGUUUAGUACCUCUUCUCCUUCUUCACUAAGCAAAAUCGCUACAUUUGCCUUAAAUCUCUUGCUACUCAUUUGCAAACACCAGAACUAAAUACUACCAGAGAGAGAACUAAGGCUAACUACUCUGAGAGAGAAAAUAUUGAGAAGGAGAUAGAAAAUAGAAAUGGUAGUAGAUUGGGGACCAGUGGUGGUGGCGGUGGUGAUGUUCAUCUUAUUGUCACCCGGACUCCUAUGCCAGCUGCCAGCAAGAACGAGAGUCAUCGAGUUUGGGAACAUGUACACCAGCGGAAUUGCCAUCCUAGUUCAUGCUAUCUUAUACUUCUGUAUAUACACCAUCUUGAUAGUCGCCGUUGGUGUC